ACUUCUCUGAGGGUCUGCAGCAUGAGAGGCAUCCUCAGUCUUCUCGUGGUUCUCCCCGCCUACCGGUUCGUCUCUGGCUGCUUUGCUGCCUUCUGUUAUCUGCUGGGCUAGUCAACUCUGUUACUGUGCAACGGGAGUUUUCCUCCGUGGAGAGACGCGCCUUCAGUAUUGACAGGAGAGGGAGACGUCUGGGAGAAGCACCCCUUUGAACGCUAAAGUGAGGUCCCCUUGUUCGAAACUGGGAGGGGUGAACCAGGCCAGCAGGCAGUUCAGGCGGAGUGAGCAGCACCAGCAGUAGCCAUGACCCAGAGUAACGGGGAGAACCCGCGAUCUCGGAGCAGGGUCCAGCAGAUCCGGGAGGGGAUUCACCUGCGCUCUCUGAAGGCCAAGAAGAAGGUGGAGGACAUCACCAAGGAUGACGUCAAGAGCUUCCUCAGAAGGAAUGCUUUUGUCAUCUUCACCGUCGCCGCUGUCAUCGUCGGCAUACUGCUGGGUUUUUCCCUGCGGCCAUACAAGAUGUCAUACCGUGAAGUGAAGUACUUCUCCUUCCCUGGUGAACUGCUUAUGCGGAUGCUGCAGAUGCUUGUGCUCCCCCUGCUGGUCUCCAGCCUCAUUACAGGCAUGGCAGCGUUGGACAGCAAGGCAUCGGGCAAGAUGGGCAUGCGAGCCGUGGUGUAUUACAUGACCACGACCAUUGUGGCUGUCUUUAUCGGGAUCAUCAUGGUUCUCAUCGUCCACCCGGGGAAAGGCUCCAAGGAGGAGUUUACCAGGCAACAGAAGAUUGAGCAAGUCAGCGCCGCUGAUGCCUUCCUGGACCUCAUUAGAAACAUGUUCCCUCCCAACCUGGUACAGGCCUGCACCCAGCAGUUUAAGACCCAGUAUGGCAAGCGGGUGGUGCACGUGAAGGUGAUAGUGAACGACACCAUCUUCAACCUGACCAACAACACCCAGGAGAUUGCGCGUGAGGAGAUCAUUCCCGUUCCAGGCACCGUCAAUGGUGUCAACGCCCUGGGCCUGGUGGUCUUCUCCAUGUGUUUCGGCCUGAUCAUUGGGAACAUGAAACAGCAAGGCAAGGCCCUCAGGGACUUCUUUGACAGCCUGAACGAGGCCAUCAUGAGGCUGGUCGCCAUCAUCAUGUGGUAUGCCCCCCUUGGUAUCAUGUUCCUGAUCGCAGGCAAGAUUGUAGAGAUGGAGGACAUCACACAGAUGGGCGGGCAGCUGGGAAUGUACACGAUCACAGUCAUCAUCGGGCUGCUCAUUCACGCCAUCUUGGUGCUGCCCACCCUCUACUUUGUCAUAACACGCAAAAACCCCUUUGUUUUCAUUGCCGGCCUCCUGCAGGCCCUCAUUACAGCUUUGGGUACAUCCUCCAGCUCAGCCACCCUGCCCAUCACCUUUAAGUGCCUGGAGGAAAUCAACAAGGUAGACAAGCGUGUGACACGCUUCGUGCUGCCAGUGGGUGCCACCAUAAACAUGGAUGGCACUGCGCUCUAUGAGGCUCUGGCCGCCAUUUUCAUCGCCCAAGUCAACAACAUGGAUAUGAACUUUGGGCAGAUCAUCACCAUCAGUAUCACAGCCACAGCCGCCAGCAUCGGGGCCGCCGGCAUCCCCCAGGCUGGCCUGGUCACCAUGGUGAUUGUGCUGACCUCAGUGGGACUGCCCACCGAUGACAUCACGCUCAUCAUUGCAGUGGAUUGGUUCUUGGACCGCUUGCGCACCACCACCAAUGUGCUGGGAGACUCAAUCGGGGCGGGCAUCGUGGAGCAUUUGUCCCGGCACGAGCUGCAGACCAAGGACGCGGAGAUGGGCAACUCCGUGGUGGAGGAGAACGAGAUGAAGAAGCCCUACCAGCUCAUCUCGCAGGAGAACGAAUACGAGAACGAGAAGCCAUCGGACAGCGAGACCAAGAUGUAGCUCCUCCUCCCGGCCUUCUGCUGACAUCGCCACAUCUGUCCCGGGCCUCCCUGUCCGUGGAAUGACCACCGUCUAUGUUGGGGGAGUUUUGUUUAUUUCCUCUGUGUUCUUCUUCAUUCUUUCCUCCGUCGGCAUCGACUUCAGAAAGGCUUCAGGUGUCAGCUGUCUGUUAUUUUUUUGUUCCCAGAGUUUAUAAUGUGUGCUGUUUGUCUGACUGUUUGAAUGUUUGUUCUUCUACCCUUAACACGAAUGACAUAUUUCUCUGAACACCAUAAGCUCCCCCAGGCACAAUCCUGAUCUGUGACCGUAUCUCAGCCUGACAGUGGCUCAUUACACAGGGUCUGACAGUCGCAUAUCCGCUGUAAAACAAAUUGCUUAUGCAUAAGUUUUCUUCAUUAAGUGUCGUGUUUUUUUUUAGAAUAACUGAACAAAUGAGUAUUAGUGGGAAUAAGGUUGUACAUGGAUUCUCCCACAUUGAACUGCUCAUUUUUAUUAUUUUUUUUAUUAUUAUUUUUUUUGUACAAGCUCUUGCUGGACCACGUAGUGUUUUUACCAGAAGUGAAAUAUGUAUCAGAUGUCAGACUUGUCUCCUUUCUGUAUAUUUUCCAGGGAAGAUUUGGUCAAUUCUUAAAGUCCUUGAAAAGCUGUCAGGGGUUAAAAAAAAAAACAAAAAAAAAACACACAAAGAAUAUAAAAAUAUUGAACAUUUUGCCCUUGUUGUGAAUAUGAAAAGGUCUUAGGUUUAGGGUCAGGGACUCAGGGGCUGAUUAGGCAUGUUGUGACUGUGUGUAAACGCUGGAUUGGCUGGAAGCAGCCGCAAGGGUGUGGCCUCAUCCGAGGUAGGAACCAAUGCCGGAGCUGGAUGUAGUAGGAGGGGUUAGAGGGGGGUUAGAGUGAGCAGGGCGGGACUUUGGCAAUGGGAAUAGACUUUACCAAUCCUGGACAGUUGAGUGGAGCGUCAGCCUGACCUGGAAAGCCAUGUGACUGGUGAGAAUUCAGUGUAAUACAGAAAACAGGCAGCAGUUAAGCCUGAGAGUUUCAUAGACUAUGGACUGGGCAGAGAUUAACACGGCCUCCUCCGGACCGAACAGAUCCGUUCUGCUAAAGGACAAACUCACGUGCUCCUGGUUGCGCUGUGGGCACCGUGUUCGCACAGCAGGGAAUAAGCGUGCGUCGUACGGGAGGCAGCAUGCUGGAGGCCUUGGGUGGUCUUGUGCACUUUGACGUGUCACCAUCCUGUGAAUGUAAAGCAGAUCUGCGUACUAAUAAGCCUACAUCUUCUCACAGUCUUAGCUCAUUUGGAAAGCCGAGGACGGCUGAUGUGGAAGGAGAGCCGGGUGUGAUGCAGGGGGCAGGACUGCAGCUCCCCGAUUAUAUUGGCAUUUGGGGGGGGUCUCUGCUCUGCCCCUGCUUUUUGUGCCUGGAAGACCCGUAGAUCCCAAAAUGGCAUUAUAGUACUUAGCUUUGAGGGGUCCGAUUUCUGUGUCUAUGGUGUUAGGGGGGGGGGGGGGGGGGACGGUCUAUGUUCGUGUUAUUUUUAUGAUCUGGUCUAGAUUUAUGAUUUUUUUUAAAAUACAUUUUCACGCAUCGUCGUGGAAUGAAAGGCCUCCUUCAUGGUGUGACUGAAGGAGGCCUGGAGGAGCACAAGCCGGGAGGAGCACACGCCGGGAGGAGCAGUGUAGAAGUUUCACAUGGACAUACUGCUAAAAGGAACGUCAGAUUUCCUAACUGCAUUCUCUUCUUAUUGGAUUUCUUCACCGAUAGUCUAUUUAAAUUUCCUUUUGUAUUGUACUGUUUAGGUCAACUGAGCCUUCUAACAAACGCGACUACACAAUGUUGUAAUGUUUUAUUUUUUUGAUUCAUUGUUUUCUAACAGAUGUUGUAGAGCAUGGGAAUAUAUUUUUAGAGUUUUUUUAUAUAGAGAAUAUUUAGGUAUUUGUGUAAAUUAACUGUAGAUUUUAAAGUUUUACUUGAGGAAGUCUACUGUAAGUUUGCUGUGCUUUAUCCAGAAAGCUGGACAAACUGCCCACAUAGGCGACCCGCAGGGGGCUUGCUGACCGCACACAGAGUAACGGGAUCAGAGACCGAGACUUGACCUUGUUUCUUGUUUACUUGCGUUUGGCAGUGCUGCUCGCACAUUUCCCGCUGAUGGCUCUUUACUUGAGGUAACACCUGGCUUUCAUGUACAAGUGGAAAACACACACAGCAAAGUAGAUUUGUCUCUGGUAAAUAUAGUUUUCAAUAAAAUGAAGAUUGGAAAAACACA